AUGACCACCACUCCAAUCGAUCAAGCCCACAGAAGCUCCUUCUGCCCCGUCUCAGGCGGCUCCCUAUACUACGAGACCAUCGGACGAGGCCCAACCCUCGUCAUGAUGCCCGCGGGACACGGCACCGGCGUAGUCUUCGAGCCCCUAGCCGCCAGCCUCGCACGACACUUUCGCGUCGUGCUCUACGACCGUCGCUACUUCUUCCGCAGCUGCAAGAACGACCCGACGGACGGGUCCCCAAGCCAGACGAUCCUCAAGACACACGCCGAGGAUGCGGCAGCGCUGAUCGCGCACGUUUCACCGGGCCGUCCGGUCUACUUCUUCACGACCUCCAGUGGCGCGCCGAUCGCAGCGGAACUGCUGUAUUCGCGACCGCACCUGUUCCGGAAGCUGGUGAUGCACGAGGCUUCGUUUUUCACGCUCCUUCCGCUCCCCGUGCAUGAGCAGUAUCGCAAAGACUUGGUGGAGGUGUGGACCCGGGGACGCGAACUGGGAGCGGUGCGGUUUAACAUGUUGAUCGUGCAUUGGGUGCAUCGCAGCGAGGAGCUGGAACGGUUGAAAGAGACGAAGACGUAUCGCCGACUGGCCUCGUUAUCGCGAAAUGCGCAGUUCAACUGGUUAGCGAACGAGCUGCCCGAAGUGCUGGAAUAUGAGUUCGAGAUGGACAGGAUGCGACCGUUCCGUGAUCGUCUGGUGCUGAUGCGAGGGUCGUAUAAUUCGCCCGAUGCCGCGGUCGGGCCGGUGACGAGGUUGGCGGAUGCGUUGGGGAUUCAGCUGGAUGUUGUCCCGGGCGGACAUGAGGGAUACGUGACGGAUUAUGAAGAAUUCGCUGGGUUUUUGAUCGCAGAGUUGAGGGAGAAAAGGGCACGCUUGUGA